AUGCCGGAGGCCACUUUAUCUUCGUCUCCCUCUAAGCAUUUAACCUCAUGGUGGAGGUCGUUCAAGCAACGGGACGAAUCCAAUGAGUCUAGCUCAUCCCUUGCGAGUCGUCCGCAUCUGCCUCACAUGUCACAGUCCAGCAGUGCUAUCACGAAAGAGAGAAGUAUUUCCGACCCGCCUGUAGAGGUUUCGAACCAAGGACGCAAGGUUACGAUUCCGAGAGCAGUGCUAGAUUCACCUAUUUUCGGAGUGCCUCUUGCCACGUCAAUCAAGUACGCUAGCGUGAGAAUCUCGCUCACUGAUAAAGAAGGUGAAUCUUUCGUCUAUGGGUACGUUCCAGUGGUGGUUGCAAAGACUGCAAUGUUUAUCAAAAAAGAGGGCAAGACUGUUGAUGGAAUAUUCAGAGUUUCUGGCUCUACCCGAAGAGUUAACGUACUCAAGGACGUGUUCAAUCUUGCCCCUCGUUUCGGAAAAGAUGUCGACUGGCAGGGGUUCAAUGUCCACGAUGCGUCAAGCCUUUUGCGUCGUUACUUUAGUAGCCUGCCAGAAUCUAUUAUCCCCCUCAAAGGCUAUGACACGUUCAGAGCACCUAUUCUCGAGGCACCCCAGCUCAGAGCUUACAUGGAAAAUCAAGCAACUCUACUGAACCCCGCUUUGGCCGAAGGGGUUGAGGAGAUUCAUAUGGACUCGACUAUAGAGGCCCAAACUCAAGAGGCCAUUGUGAAAUAUCAAAGACUCAUUUUCACAUUGCCUCCAAUCAAUUUGCACUUGCUUGUCUAUCUGCUGGAUCUUUUGUCGGUGGUUGCAUCUAAUUCCGAGCUUAAUCGAAUGCCUGCCUACAAUCUAUCAGCGGUUUUCCAGCCGACAAUCCUUGCCAACCCGCAACACACGAAUGUUGAGGAGUAUCUAGUUUCUCGUCUUGCUGUCGAGUUCAUUAUUAUACAUGCGAGACCAAUUUUGCAGAAGGUCGAGGAACUUGCCCGCGAAGAGCAUGAGAAACUCAAGGAAUUGCAAGGAAAACCCCAAGCACAUACUAAAGAACCCGUGGAAGAGCAGCCACAGUUAUCGGUGCCCGAGAUCAUCACCCCCGCAGAAACACCUACUAAUGAAGAGGUAUUUCCAGCAAAGCUUACCGUGUCCGGGCUUCAAGAAGAUGCAAAUGAACCAUCGGAACCUAAACGCCACCGCAGGCGUCAUUCCAAGAGCCUGAGCUCAGUCCCUCCUGCAUCGAAUGACAGUAACCGUCAGCAACCAGGAUGGAAUCGACGCAAACCAACUUCCACGGAAGAGCCAACGAAUGAGAGCACCACAAGCUUGGCUGGAGCACAGAGUAGCACCACCACAGCAUCAUUCGAAGAAGGCGACGACGCAGUCGCUCCAAGGCCCCGAAAAGAAUCGCUCAAGUCGCGCUGGCGCCGUUCGCUCAUGAUUCUGAGGCCUAGUGACGAAGACGACUCAGCCGGUCUGAGUCCGAGCAUGAGCUGGUUCAAGGCUAAGAGAAACCGAGAUGACACUCCGCUCUCACAAUCACCCACCUCUUGA